AUGCGCCGUCGGCACGGAAGAAACCUAGCUUCAUACGUGUUGCGCCUGCUCCAAACGGUUCCGUCUACGGCUACGGAAAGUUCGGGCAUAAGAUCAGCCGUGGUUAACAGCAACAUACAUGAUGGUGCUGCACUGGCUCUACCCCCGGCACGAAGGGAAGCAGAGGCGGCGUCCGGAUUGCGCAAACCUGGCUCUCCGGCUGGCACGAAGAAGCGGCGUCGCAUAACAAGACGGCACCAGGGUACGCUGACAGGAAGUGUGCUUACCACCCAUCCAUCAGCUUGUAGCUUUCAUCUGCUGCCUACGUCAUCCGCACUCUCCUUGAAUGAGACUCCGUUUUGCAGCGCUCUGAGAGCUGCUCCCCUGAGUCUACCCCGAGCACACAGGCGGGCAGCGCCGAUGCGCCACAACCUCACCAGCGACGGGGAGCAAACGGACCGCGGGUUGCAGGCCUGCAGACAGAAGUCUGCGCCGUUGCACAGACGGCGCUGUGAUCGGCGAGAACGUGGACAGGUUUUCUGUGGUGAGCUGAUGGCGCUGGAGGCGCCUCGCGUCCGUUUGUCGGACAGCAACACGCUAGCCAUCAUCCUGAGUGGUGAAGCGGCUCUUCACGCGGCCUCGGUGUGCACGUUUCUGUUACGGGCGUGGAAAGAACGGCGUGCCUUUACACAUGACAGACGUCGCCGACACUCAAGGAGAACCUUAUACGGCCGGACUGAACGAAUGCUGCUUUCCAAGUGGAACGCGGGCUUCACCGACAAGUACGCGUGCUCUCACCGGACUGUAGCUCAUGUUCAGUUUCGUUCAGAAGCCUGUGCGAGCUGCGAUUCCCCGAGGGGUGAACUGCUGCGUAUGAGACACUUGCACUGGAUGUAUAAGCGGCAAAGGAGCAGCCACUCUCGUACUCGCAUCCGUUGGCGUAAUGGAUCCCGUAACUUCUGGCGCGCUGCUGUGCACAAGCGGAAACGCGCAGGAGAGAGAAUUGCCGUCACAGUACUUCGGUGCCGCCGAGCCUAUGUUCGCGUGAACAUUUCCGCCGGCGUCGACCGUUUUGCCGUGGAACAACCAUACGCUGCACCUCUGGAGACCGAGAGCGACAGGAACAAUACGACGCAUGACCAGGGUGUGGAAAGUGUUGGACUCUCAAUAGGCUCAGCGUCGAGGGCAGGAGCGGCGUGCGGGGUGCACGUGGACACGGGGAAGCGCGUGUACGCGCGCCUUUCCGGCUUCCUUUGCAUUUUUUCGAUGCAGGAGCGUGGAGGCGUGUUCAUGACGCGCCAGCGCUCACAACGACGGACAGUCUAG